AUGAGUUAAAAAGAUGAAACAGAAGAAUAAAAAGAAGAAUUAAAUAUCUAGAAUGAAAAUGAGAAUGAUGAUAAAACAGCCAUUUAAUAAAAUUAAUCUCUUAAUGAUGGAAACAUAUAAGAUAAUUCAAGAAUAGAGGCUCCUUUUGUUGAAUUGAAGAACUUAAAUGAAGAAGAAAAUUAAGAGUAAACAUAUAUACCAAAAGAGGAGUCUAAUGUUGCAACACCAACAAGGACUUCCUAACAUGAUGUAUCUCCAAUUGUAUAAAGAGAUCAAAUUUAAUCUAGAUAAAAAGGUAGACAAUCAUUUGAUAGUACAGAAUAGAAGUAAGAACAAAUUAAUAAUAACAAUUAAUUAAUAAAUGAUUAAGAAAUUGUUGGAUCAUAAAUAAAUGAAUAAGACAAUAAUUAAGAGUAAGAUUAAAAUUAAUAAUAGAAGGAUCAAAAUGAAUUAAACAAUGAAAAUGAUCAAGAAUAACUCCAAAAAUCUUAACAUUCAUAAUAAUUUUCAUAAAAAUCAAACAAAUCAACAUUAUCAGAAAAAAUAACAAUUUUACAAUCAGCUAUAUAAAUGAAAGAUGAAUUAAUAGUAACUAUGUAAGAUGAAAUUUCAGUUUUGAAACAAUCUUAAUUAGAUAAAUAAAGGCACAUUGAAACUAUGGAAAAAAAAUAUGAAGAAAAAUUAGAAAAACUUUUUAAGAAAGUUGGAGAAUUAGAAAAACUUCUCAAAGAAAAAGAAAAUGAUAUUGAGUAAUAUCGAAAUGGAAAUCAGACAUUACAUCUACAAGAUUUAUCAGUUAUAUCAGUACAAAAAAAUGAUAAUGUUAAAUCUAAUUUAAAUGAAAAGAAAGAUGUUACUAUUUUUGAAGUUCUUAAUGAAAAAUAAACAACAGCAGAUUUAUCAGAACUUGGAAAUAAUUUUUGGUUAAUCUCUGCAGAAAGAAAAAUAUAAAAAAGUAAUCCUUUGUAUAAAGAUUAUUUUCCUAAAGACCCAGAACCUGAUCAACUUAAAAAUAGAAUUGCUAUUAAUCAUCCUACUAAGAAAUAUGAUAAAUCUUAUUGGUUUAAAUAUGUUGAUAUUAAGAAACCUACAAGAUACAAUCACAAUAUUUAAUUACCUAAAUUGCCAGAAACUAAUCAUUAAAAUUAAUUAAAUGACCCUAAAAUAUUAUCUAAAUAGUUUUAGUAAUAAUAAGAGAUUCAACAAUAAAUUAUUUAGUCUAUUUAAUAAUAAACACCUUUUAGUUAUUCUUAAACCGUAUAAAAUAAAGUAAAUCCAGUAUAAUAAUCUAUUCCUUAUAGCCAAAAAUUAUUAGCUAAUAAUUAAAGGAGUGGUAGUUAAUAAUAAAAGUAAAUUAUUGUUUAAAAAUAGUAAUAAUUAAUUAAAAAAUAAAAUGUAUGCUUCUUAACCUACUAUUUUAAAGGCAUAAUAAGUAUCAUUUGAACAAGAAGACUUUUUGGCUGAUUAAGAAAUUGAAUAAAUGUUUGCUUAGUAAUCUCCUCCGAAAAAACAAAAGAUAGAUUGGGAUUCAUAACCUAUGAAUAAUUAUAUGAUUGUUUAACAUACUAAUUCGUCCUAAGUGAUAGAAUAAAAAGAAAAGUUUCCCAUAAUGUCCCAAAAACUCUCGUAUGUUAACUAAUAUUCUCACAAAAAAGAAAUGUAUUAAUUUCAUAUUAAUUAUUAGCUCAAGAUUAAAUGAAUCAUAAAAUUAAAAUAGAACUAAAAUAUCUAAGUAUUAAUGA